CCCAAAACCUCAUGUGGUCAUAAAAAAGUACGAGCACCUUUUUUUUCUCACUUCCUUCUACAGGAAAACAGACAAACUGUAAAUGAGAACUUCAUUUGUUGCAGAAGAAACGUGAAAGAUGCCACAGCUGCUUUUCUUCAUUAAGCUGCUGUUGGUGCAUUACACAACCCAGAGUCUGGCAGGAAUUCAAGCCGACCGCGGCAGUGACGUUUCACUCCCGUGUCUCUAUGAUGACAUUGAAAGCAUCGACUUCAUCAAUGUGGUGUGGUACAAGCUCAACAACCAGGACAGAAAUGGCAUUGUCAGGAGGAAAAAAAGGGGAAAUGUAACGCAGUUCUACAGUUUCGGCCGUACAGCAGAUUUCGGGGACAAAUACAGUUUGCUGCUUCCCAACGUGACGCCCGAAGACUCAGGCAAAUACGACUGUUUCAUCAGUGCAAAUAUAGGGGGUACAAACCUGAAUUCUGAGGUCUACCUAACGGUUCAAGAUUCUGUGACUCCUGCGACUGCGUCCCCCUCCCCCAAUGCACAAGUAAUGGAGCUGUCAGUCCUGUGGAGCAUUCUGGGAUAUAUGACAGUGGGCCUUGUCAAAGUCUUUUUAUCCAUAAUCAGCGUUUGGGUGAUUGGUGUCGUGACUUCAAGACGAUGGAAACGUAGGGAAAGAAGCACAUUCCUCUGAUUGGACACUCAAGAGAUUGUGUAAAUACACCGAAAAAUCCUCUAAAAAAGAAAUUAGAAGGAAUUUGGUUUGUUUAUUCGUUGUAUUUUACUUGCUUCCACAAGGUCUUUUUUUCUGUUCUCGUUUUAUAACAGACAUGAGAGGAUGUGAGAGGACGAACGAAAACCACUCGCACAAAACACAUGUAAAAUUGAAUCUUGACGUUUUCCACUUUUUAAAAAUAAAAUCUUGGGUUUAAAACUAAAAUGUUUAUCAAUUAAAUUGUAAGUAUUCUACUGCUGUUAAUUGUGCCAUUUAUAAAAGUUAAAUAACAAAUGUGCCUUGUGGUUUUCACCCUCUGCCUGUUGCACAUUUACUUCCUGACACCAUGUUUGAAACCAGUGAAACCACACACACACACACACCAAUGAGCAACCCUCCAUUUAUCUGAUGUUGUGUUAACGUUAUCAUAUAAACAUCUCAACCAUC